UGGAUAAAUAGGUUGACAAGUAUAUCAGGACCCAUUGUCUCUUUCCAUCCUCCUCGGCAUCCUUUUCCGUUCUCCUCAGCAUCUUUCUCAAUAGGUUGAAGAGUUCCAAGUUCUGGAAAAAGAUGUCUCUGGUUACCGAAGAGAUCAAAGCCAGUGCGUCAGAAAUUUACCAUGGAGAUGAGAUCUGCCAAGAGAAAUCAAAAUUUUUGCUUCAGGAAGUAGGCAUGCCCAGAGGGCUUUUGCCGUUGAAAGACAUCGAAGAAUGUGGGUAUGUGAAGGACACAGGUUUUGUGUGGCUCAAACAAAAGAAGAGCAUAACCCACAAGUUUGACAAGAUUGGGAAACUUGUUUCCUAUGCACCUGAAGUCACAGCUGUUGUUGAGCAAAACAAGAUCAAGAAGCUGACUGGGGUCAAGACCAAGGAGCUUUUGAUUUGGAUCACACUCAGUGAUAUUUAUGUUGAUGAUCCACCGACUGGCAAAAUCACUUUCAAGACCCCUGCAGGGCUGUCAAGAUCUUUCCCUGUAUCAGCUUUUGAGAUUGAAGGUGAAGUUAAGGAUACCAAGGAGAAGAAUAAAGAAAUGGAAGUGAAUGGAGCUGUGGAAGUGAAGGAGGUCUAGAUUCUAGAGGAGUUUUAUUUUCCAAAUAGGAGGCCUCAUCUGUGGGUUUCAUGACUUCUCUCCUUUUUGGAUGUGCUGUCUUUAGUUUAAUGUCUGUCACUAGCAUUCAAUAAAAAAAAAGUGCUUACAAUUUCAGAAAACCAAUGUUGCAUUGCAUUUCAUGAUAGUAAGAACUACAUCAUAUUUUCAGAUAGGAACCGAGACUUAUAUGAUUGCAUUGUUGUUUCGACCUAUUGUAAGCAACCAAAUGCUUCUUAAGUGAUAAAAGCUCUUGUUUUUUAUUA